AUGGCAUCGUCAACGAAUCAGUACAUCCGCCAAAUCCUGCACCAUAGCGAGGCACCGCCUCCAGUGAACGCCCGCUUUUUCUACACCUCUCCACUCGCCAUAGACGAUCCGCUGUCCCCUCUACCGCCUUCAGCUCAGACUGCUCAAACGACGUACGCGAAACUACCACCACGACCCUUUUCCGAGUUCGAUAACGCCGCUCUCGACAAAGCAUGGCAUGACCUCUGGCAUAAGCUCCUCCGAUACAACGAGGUGCGAGGUGAGAAGCAGAAGGACCUUCAGCCAAGCGAUAGACAAGAGAAGGGAAAGAAGACGGAACCGGGUGUACUGAGCACUUCUCCUUCUGCCCGCCGGCCAGCAUCAACCAGUGAUGCAUCGACAAGAGGGAGCAGACUUGCCGACAUAUACGAGGCACCUGCCAUCCCACCAGAGGCAGAGGCCCACGAUACGACGGGUACUCCAUUUAUUCGUGCUCCUUCAGCACGGAAGCUCGAUCGAAUUCCACCCCGACCUCAACCCCAGACACUGGACAGCUAUCAGUGGGGCGACCCUUCAGAAGCAUCCAAACAGCCUGUCAAGCCGCGUGCCGAUCCGGAAGCACCUUCUGCAAGGAUCGCCGUCGGCGUAUCGCGACUGCACCAUGUAGCGAUGCCAGAUCUCAAUCUAGAGCCCAUCUAUUGGCGUCCAGUUAACGAUGUUUCCCCGGUCGUACGAGCCACUUGGUUUUACAAAGACAGCAUGCUUCCUGUCGAGCCUCCUGUUGCCAACAUGCUUGAGGCAGGUUACACCGAGCUGCAACCUUGGACCGAAACUUGGAACGAUGAGCUUAACAGCGCUAUUGAAGUUGGUGCUGCAGGAGAAGCGAAAAUACUGCACAAGCUCUGGCCCGAUCUGUUCAAGAGGCUAGAGAGUAGGCCGAACCCUGCCAGGACUGAGAUGGGUAGUAUGACUUCUGUCAAUUUUGACGAUGAGCCAUUCUCGGCCGAUAAGGAACGUGAGCAUGUCGUCGAAGUUGCUUGCGACAUCAUCGACAUUGCUGCAGGUGUUGAUGGACCUGACAACAAAGCUUCCGGUACAUCAGCAUACUCUUCUGGCGGCGGUCUACCUCGAUGGUAUCCCACCGCUGGUGUCAUCUAUGCGAACGCGACCGAUGCUCAUAUCCUGAAACCCAAUCUGCAGCCCUCAGCGUAUCACGGCCGCCGUCCACUUGCAAACUAUAUCCGCAAAGGUCGCAAGCUAGGUAUCCCUGUUGUUCGUGGCUUCGACCAGGCAGCCUAUGAUCGACUGUAUCCUACGAAAAAGACUUCUGCUGCAGUAAAAGCUGAGGAGGGUGUGUCAACCUCACAGUCGGGCGCACCUCCGAACCGCCGACAGAAGUCUGAUCCCGCUCUUGCUCAUGCUGAGCGACCCAAGGUCACUGAGCUGAUCCUUGUCAUUCACGGUAUUGGCCAAAAGCUCUCGGAACGCAUGGAGAGCUUCCAUUUCACGCAUGCCAUCAACGCAUUCCGCCGAGAGGUCAGUGUCGAGUUGGGCACGGACAGCGUAAAAGCUCGCCUAAGAAAGAACAUGGGUGGUAUUAUGGUUCUGCCGGUGAACUGGCGUCAGAGCCUCUCUUUUGAGGAUGGUCAAAGAGAAGUCCCCGAUGACCCAGCGCUAAAUGACUUUGGGCUCAAGGACAUCACACCCGAGACCCUGCCAUCCGUGCGCAACAUCGUUUCUGAUGUUAUGCUUGACGUUCCUUACUAUCUAUCAGAUCACCAGCCCAAGAUGAUUGCUGCUGUGAUUGCUGAGGCUAACCGCAUCUACAAGCUUUGGUGCACCAACAACCCAGGGUUCGCUCAGUACGGACGAGUACACAUUAUCGCACACUCCUUGGGCAGCGUCAUGGCGGUUGACAUCUUGUCCAAACAGCCGACGUCGAUUCCUCCUGAGUUGGCCGAUCCAACCACUGUUGAUCUGAACACUUCGCCGGUCUUGGAGCAUUUCCUUUUCAACACUUCUGGUCUGUUCCUGUGUGGCUCUCCAGCCGGCUUCUUUCUACUCCUCAAACGCGCCUCUCUCAUUCCACGUCUGGGCAAGCAAAAGCCCGGAGCAAACUUGUCGUCAAUCAGAAAACCGAUCUGUGGAAGUCGUGGAACGUACGGCUGUCUGCCCAUAGACAAUAUCUACAACGUCGUCAACCCCUAUGAUCCAGUCUCGUACCGUCUCAACGCCACGGUCGAUGCUUCGUAUGCAUCAUCGCUCAAAGCGGCAUGGGUACCCACAGCCAGCUCAGGCUGGUUCUCCUCAUCAGGAUCAUGGUUCUACUCGUCGCCCGAGGGAGCAUCGAGUACCCGACCAGAUCAGUUGCCUAGACUGCCUUCGAACGUUGAACUAGAGACUCACAACUUCUCCCGCGAGGAGAUUGCUGAGCAGCGCAUGCUUCUGUUGAACGACAAUGGUCAGAUUGACUAUUUCCUCAAGUACGGAGGUGGACCGCUCGAGAUUCAAUACUUGACGAUGCUCGGUGCACACAGUAGCUACUGGCUUCUCCAAGACUUUGUUCGCAUGAUUGUUUUGGAAUGUGGUAGGGGGCUUGGCAGGGAUGGAACAAUAUUGGGCAUGCGAGCUACUAAGAAGAAGACGCAGUUGACUACAUGA